GACAUCAGGCGUUUAUUUUGAAUGAGCGGACCGGAGAAGUUAUCGACAAGGCUGUUUUCGACACCCAUGAAGGAGGCACUCAAGCGGCGGGACAACUAAUGGCAUUUUUGGAAGGCGCUGCAGCGGGACGGAUCCUAGCUAUCGUUGUUCAUGACAGCGGCGACGGCGUCCGAGUCAACCUAGCGCCAUACGGUUCUACAAUUACAACUGCACUAGGGUUAAGAGAGUCUUAUGCCAUGAUUACUCAGAAGGGACCAAAACCAUCUUGGUUCGUGGAAAGAAAGAGCGCAGUACGUGCAGGACCAACUAUUGUAGAGGCUUAUAUACCAGACAUUGACGAGUGCUCCACUCUGAAUGGUGGCUGUAGUCACAACUGCACCAACACUGUAGGCAGUUACUACUGUUCCUGUAGUCAAGGACUUGUACUGCACAGGGACAAACAUAACUGUACUGAGGGUUUUACUGUCUGGGCGCAAUCUAGUGCAGAGAACGACAACUGUCACGGUGACGAUAGCGAUGCGUUAUCAGUGUCAACAUAUAUCAUCAGUAACGGACUAGAGAGUAACAUGCAGGAUGGUAAGCACACAGGGUUUUGA